ACACAUUGGUUUAUUAUCCCCUACAUAUCGACUCUACACUAUCGGCUACUAUAACUAAGGCUUCAGCUUAUCCCCCUUGUAUUCGUUGUUCCGUAUUUCGUUGUCUCGCUUGCCUUCAUAGUAAUUGAUUAAGUAACAAGCUACUAAGAGAAUACUAAGGACUACAAUUUAUCAUGUCGGGUUUUCCGCCUCCUCCAGUAGCUACUAUUGAUUGGAACAAAGCCGACAAUAACCGUCAAGUAUAUGAAGUAAAUGGUCACAUUGAAUCCACGUACUCGAAAACCACUGGGGAAUGGACACCUCUUAAGUUCGUUUCAGAUCCUUAUAUGCGCGUCCACGGCAUGUCGCCAGCUCUGAACUACGGCCAACAGGCUUUAGAAGGGUUCAAAGCCUUCCGUACGCCUGGCGAUCCCGGUAGAAUUGUCCUGUUCCGUCCCAACCUCAACGCCAUCCGCUUUCAGCAUUCAAGCAUCGUCCUUUCGAUGCCGCCUGUCCCCGUUGAGAUGUUUCUCCGAGCUUGCAGGGCUGCUGUAGCUCUGAACGCUAACUACGUUCCACCGUAUGAGUCCGGGGGAGCGCUUUAUGUUCGACCGCAGCUGUAUGGGACAAGCGCUCACCUUGGACUCAGUGCACCAAGUGAGUAUACAUUCUGUGUCUUUGUAGUUCCGACAACAUGUGCCCACCUUGGAACACAGCCAGUUAAGGCACUUAUCUUAGACGAUUUUGACCGCGCAGCACCAAAGGGUACAGGUCACGCAAAGGUGGGUGGAAAUUAUGCACCCGUAAUUCGUUGGAGCGACAAGGCACGCGCAGAAGGAUUUGGUAUCACACUACACUUAGACAGUGUGCAUCACAAAGAGGUCGAUGAGUUUAGCUCUUGCGCAUUCAUUGGCGUGCACUCCCAGGGCGAUUCAAACAUAACAUUAGUGGUACCUGACUCUCGUUGCACAAUCGAUAGCGUCACGAGCGACAGUGUUCAGCAUAUCGCUCAACAAUUGGGAUGGAAGGUGGAAAAGCGCCCUGUCGAUUACAAAGAGUUGCCCUCUUUUAGCGAAGUCCUUGGAGUGGGGACUUCAGUGGUCCUAAUACCGAUCAAAUCCAUCACUCGACGAUCUAUUACACAAGGAAUGCCUAGCACUCCACGCCUCCAAGUUGAGGCUGAGUCUGAGAUUAUUACAUAUCUAUCCGAAGAACAAAACAAGGGUGGUUUAGUGUUUUCCACGUUGUUGAAUCAACUGAGCGCCAUCCAACGGGGCAAGGCCUACGACGAGUUUGGAUGGCUUUUUACUGUGCACGAAGAAGACCGAAAUAUCUAA